AUGGGCACCAAGUUGAAGAAAUCCACAGCUUACCACCUUCAAACAGACGACUACACUGAGAUUUUGAACAAAUGCUUAGAAGGUUAUCUGAGGUGCAUGGUGGGUGAGAAACAUUCAGCAUGGGUCUCUUGGCUACCUUUGACUGAAUGGUGGUAUAACACCACCUAUCAUUCGGCCAUUCAAACAACACCAUAUGAGGCUUUGUAUGGACAAACGCCUCCAUUGCAUUUGCCCUACAUAGCAGGUGCAACUCCGGUUGCUUCUGUGGAUCGCACACUGCAACAGCGAGAGGCUAUGCGUAAGAUGCUUAAGUUUCACUUGAGUCGAGCACAAGACCGAAUGAAACAAAUGGCUGAUAAAUGGAGAUCGGAAAGGGAAUUUCAGGUUGGUGAUUUAGUUUACUUGAAACUACAACCAUAUCGCCAACAUUCCUUGCAUAAGUUUAGAAACCAAAAGCUAUCACCCCGACAUUUUGGACCAUUUCCUGUGGAAGCACGCGUAAGAAAGGUGGUUUACAGAUUAUCUCUGCCUUCAUCAUCUCGAAUUUACCCCACUUUUCAUGUGUCCCAGCUGAAGAAACACAUUGGUUCAGCAGUGAGUGCACUUACCUUUCCUCAAAUUGGAUCUAAUAGAGCCUUGCUGAAGUCACCAGUUCGAAUAUUGGACAGGCAUUUGGUCAAGUAA